GCGCCCGCGCCUCGUGGACCGCGCGCGUGCCGGCCGCGGCCGCGCGGUCCCAGCGACGCGCGACCGACUGCAGCUCAGUCGCGCGACGAACGCGAUACCGUGCACACGUACCACACGCUCCCCCAAUAAUGCAGUGAUUGCUCACGAACACGUUAGCUAUUUGGAUGUUUAUAAAGUGAAGUGUUCAUUAGUAACUAUGGUGACGGGUAUUGCCGGCAGCCCUCAGCAGGCCGCCUCCAACCCAGUGGUGGUGAAUAUGAGUCCAGCGCAGGUUGAACAGAAGAAGAGUGGAGAUAAUAGAAGGAGCAACAAGCCGAUUAUGGAAAAGCGGCGGCGGGCGCGCAUCAACAACUGCCUAAACGAACUGAAGGCGUUAAUUUUAGAUGCUAUGAAGAAAGACCCGGCUAGGCAUGCUAAGUUAGAGAAGGCUGACAUCUUAGAGAUGACUGUAAAGCAUUUAGAAGGGCUGCGGUCUGAAGGAGCUGGGUCGCCGGAUCGAUUCCGUGCAGGAUACAGGCACUGUGUGACUGAAGUGUCGAAGUUCCAAGGAAUCGAGCCGGCCCUGAAGAGAAGGCUGGUGAGGCACCUUGAAGGUUGCGUCAACGCUCCGGGGGCGAGGCCAGCUGGGGCGCCCACACCUCCCUCCGACACUGAAGACUCCUCUCAAACACAACAUUCUACUAUUUUUAUAUCUGCCGGUCCAGGAUCAGGCGUCCGUCUAGUGCCAACAAGAUUGUCUAACGGUGACAUCGCGCUUGUGCUGCCAGCUGGUGUGAACGCGAGCACUCUGGGCGCGAUACCAACAUUAGUACCACUGUCCCCACGAGACGCAUCUUCGUCCACGUCUUCGGAGACGAGAUGCUAUUCCCCAGCCAGCUCUGGUUGGGGAUCACCACCACCACCUCCCGAAGAAUCAGCUCCCCUCGCACUUGUCACAAGAAAAGAGACCCCAGAAGAAAAACCUUGGAGACCAUGGUGACACUCCGUUCAUUCCUUACAUAACACUGUGAUAUAUUUUAGCUGUACAUAUAGUAUGUCUCCAUCGACAGAAUAUAGUUCCUAGUGAUAGUUAAAUACAGAUUAAAGUAAUAAAUAAUAUUCGCAAAGAAUUAAGAAAGCUACUUUUACUUGAGUUACUCGUUCGGUCAGUUUUAGAUUGUGUGAUAGAGUUUAUAUUAUAAAGAUAAUUUUAGACGAGAGUUUGUCUUUACCUUUCUGUUUAACGAAAGGUUUAUUUUAACUUUAAGUUCUAGGUUAUAAGGUGUAUAUUCGCGGAUGACAUCUGAGGCAGUAUUUCAUUUAUCAUAACGUAGCGUGACGUAGCGUUAUACGUCAUUCAUUAUUUUAGUUCGUAAAUAACUAGUGCCAUUAAUUAAUUUCCUUCAUUUUUACAUUGAAUUUAAUAUGCUUGAAGCUUUUGUAAAUAGGAGUUUAUGCAAAUAUUGAGCAGUUGACGGUCAAUAUUUGAGUGUAAUCGAUAUGAUAGGAUUCUGUGUGCCUUAUCCAGCAAAAUCGUAUAGUCUUCCAUUACAUAGGCGUAUGAAUAUAUAAAUGUUUAACAUGUAAUGUAUAUAACGGCAGGGAUUAGUUGUCGUAUGAUAAUUGCGCUCAAUAUUCAGUUAGUUACGUUACCGGAAUAAACCAGUAGUCAUUAUGGUCUUCCUUUAUCAGUUACCGACGAGGACAGUUUAUAUUAACACAUAUUUAGUUUUAUUUUUACAUUAUUUGUACGAGUGUGAGUGAAGAAAUGUAGACUUCUGUAACAUAACUAAGUUAUAUUUUUAUAAUAAUAACUAUCGUGAGACAUGUUAAAUUAACUAAAAAUCACGGUUUACUCACGUAAAUUAAUUGAGAAAAGCUCUACUAGUUUCCAGCCAGUAGGCUGCGCGACGUCACAUAAUGAAGAGUCCCUCUGUGACUCGAAACUAGUAGAGUUUUUCUCAAUUAAUUUACGUGAGUAAACCGUGAUUUUUAGUUAAUAACUAAGUUAAAUGCAAGUGAAAUGUAUUUAUGUUUGCAUAUUACUACGAUUAAAGGAUGUUAGUUUAUUUUGUUUGUAAACAAUAUUGUAACAGUUUGCCGUCUCAAUGUAAAUGGUUAAGUGAAUAACGUGAUAUUACUUAAGAUUGUGUUUAAUAUGUAAGCAGAUGUACCUAAAAGAAAUAUGCCAUUAAUCUAGAAAUAAAAACUAUGAAUAUA